AUGGUUACUGAAAAACCCGUCGAAACCAUGAACAAAAACCAAGAUAAAACCACUGGACUAUAUAAAAUUGCUGCAAAAAUAUUGAAAAAAGUCAAAACCGGAAGCAGUUAUAAAACUCAGCUUUAUCAAGCACAGUAUCCAAAUAAAUUAACGUUGAAUGCUGUACUGAUGAAUGUUUUUAAAUGGGAAAAUGUGAUAGAUGUGUUAGUAGAAAAAAGUAAUUUAUUGGAAAAAGAAAAUAAUAUGGACCGUGAUUUAGUGUAUGUACUUAUCACUGAAAUGAUGUGGUCAAAAUUUGGAUUAAAAGGCACUGCUAAAAAUAUUUUAGCAGUAAAAAAAUAUAAGGAUGAAUUUUUACAACUUAUGAAAGAAAAUGAUUUAGAAAAACUAACUACUUCCACGGAUACUAAAGUUUUGAAACCUAGGUUUUUCCGUGUUAACACAUUAUUAACUACGAUAGAAAAAAUAUUGGAAAAAUUAUCAGAACUCAAAUUUAUUAAAUUAAAAACGCCAAAAUCGUAUGCUCAAUUUUUGGAAUUAAUCAAAUCUGACAAGUUCAAAGGAAGAAACGUUUUUGUUCAAGAUAUUCACAUUAAAGAAUUGUUAAUUUUUAAUUCAAAAGUGAAGUUUUAUGAAAUUGAAGAGUACAAUAAUGGAUCUUUAAUUGUACAAGAUAAGGCAAGUUGUUUGGCUGCUUACCUAUUAAAUCCAGAACUAAAUAGUACUGUGUUAGAUAUGUGUGCCGCUCCUGGUAUGAAGACAUCUCAUUUAGCUGCUAUUAUGCAAAAUACGGGUAAACUGUAUGCUGUUGAUCGCUCUAAGGAAAGAUUCUAUAUAAUGCAAAAUAUGUUGGAAAAAUAUGGUGUACAAAAUGUGGAAACAUUCAAUAUGGAUGCAUUAACCUUUCCUUAUUUUGAUGAUGUCAAAUAUAUAUUGUUGGACCCAUCAUGUUCUGGUUCUGGUAUUGUUGAUAGAGUUCGAAAUGAUUCAUCAGGGCAAAAUCAAAAUUUUCAAAUAAGAUUGAAAAAAUUAGCAAAUGUUCAUGCUCAGUUAUUAAACCAUGCAUUAAAAAGUUAUCCUAAUUUAGAACGAUUGGUUUAUUCUACUUGCUCUGCAAAUCAUGAAGAAAAUGAAGCUGUUGUCGAUGAAGCCUUAUCUAUUAAUGGAAAAUUUAAGCUUUUAGAUUGUACUAAAAUGGUGAAAGGCUGGACUAACAAAGGAGCUCCUGGUUAUGAUUGUUCGGAAAUGUGUCUUAAUGCUGUUCCAAGUGUUGAUUGCACUAAUGGAUUUUUCAUUUCCGUAUUUGUUCGUCGGGAUUUAGAAGAUAAUGAAGUUGCCGAAGAAGAAAAUAUUGAAGAUAAUGAAGUUGCUGAAGAGGAAGAAUAUAUUGAAGAUAUUGAAGAUGUCAAAGAUGAAAGAGUUGUUGAAGAUAUUGAAGUUGAUGAAGAGGAAGAAGUUGUUGAAGAAAAAAAGGAAAAAGUUUUUGAACAUAAUGAAAUUGUUGACAAGAAGGUUAAAAUAGAUAAAAAACCAAUUAUUAGUAAUACUGAUAAAAAUGUAGAGAAUACAUCUCAAAUUAAAAAAAACAAAAAAAGGAAACAUAAUGAAGUCGUAAAAGAGGAAAAAGUUUUUGAGCAUAAUGAAAUUGUUGACAAGAAGGUUAAAAUAGAUAAAAAACCAAUUAUUAGUAAUACUGAUAAAAAUGUAGAGAAUAAAUCUCAAAUUAAAAAAAACAAAAAAAGGAAACAUAAUGAAGUCGUAAAAGAGGAAAAAGUUUUUGAGCAUAGUGAAAUUGUUGACAAGAAGGUUAAAAAAGUUAAAAAAUCAAGUAUUACUAAUACUGAUAAAAACUUAGAAAAUAAAUCUCAAAUUAUAAAAAACAAAAAUACUGUAAGUACACCAUUAGUAAAAAGUAAAAAUGCAAAAAGAAGAGAAAGAAGGCAGAAACUGGAAAAAGCAAACAAGUCAUGUGGCCUACAAACUAAAAAAACUAAGAAACAAAAAAAAGUAAAAGUAGAAGAAACUUAA